AUGACAAUUAGAAAAAGUAAUCCAUAUUUAUCAUUAGUAAAUAGUUACUUAAUAGAUAGUCCACAACCUAGUUCAAUAAAUUAUUGAUGAAACGUAGGAAGUUUAUUAGGAUUAUGUUUAGUAAUACAAAUAGCUAGUGGUAUAUUCUUAGCAAUGCAUUAUAGUUCAAGUAUAGAAUUAGCAUUCAAUUCAGUAGAGCACAUAAUGAGAGAUGUAAAUGCAGGAUGAUUAAUAAGAUACAUUCAUGCAAAUGGAGCAUCAUUCUUCUUUAUAUGUUUAUACUUACACAUAGGUAAAGCUUUAUAUUAUGGAAGUUACAAAUCACCUAGAGUAUUAGUAUGAUCAAUAGGAGUAAUAAUAUUUAUAUUAACAAUAGCAACAGCCUUCAUGGGUUACUGUUUAGUUUAUGGACAAAUGAGUCACUGAGGUGCAACUGUUAUUACAAACUUAUUAUCAGCUAUACCAUUUAUAGGGGGAGAUUUAGUACCGUUAUCUAUUAUCUUAUCAUUAUAUUUAUUAUAUAUUUCUUUAAAACUUUUUAUAAAAAUAAUUUUUAAUCAAUCUUAUAUAUGCCCAGCUAAAGGCUGGGUGAAAAAAGUAUUGGAUAAUACUUUUUGUAUCAAAAAAUAUAUACAUAUAUAUUUAUCUUCCCGGCUAUCGCCGAGNUUAUAUAUUAAUACUAUAUCUAAUAUACAGCAUAUAAAAAUUAUAUCUACUAAGUCCCACACUAAAGAUAGAGAUACCUCAUUUUUAGAGAAGGAUAUUAAAAAUAUAGAUAGAAAUUUAUUAGCUUUAAUAGUAGGUUUUAUAGAUGGAGAUGGAUAUAUUAGAAUAAAUAAAAAAUCAAAAGAUAAUAUAAAUUAUAUUUAUAUAUCUUUAAUUAUAAAUUUAAAUAAAAAUGAUUUAAAAUUAUUACAAUAUUUUCAUCAACAAUUAAAUAUAGGAAAAGUAUAUAAUAUAACACCUAAAAAAGGAAAUAAAUUAGCAAGAUGAGAAAUAAAUAAAUUAGAUUUAUUUAAUAAAAUAGAACCUUUAUUAGAAUAUCAUAAUAUAAAAUUUUUAACUGAAACAAGACAAAAACAAUAUUUAUUAUUAAAAUAUAUUAAACAUAAUAAAUUAGUUUAUUAUGAAGAUAUUAUUAAUAAUAAUAAUUAUAUUAAUGAAUUUAUUGAAAAUAAUCUAUUAAUAGAUAAUUUUAUUAAAUUAGAUUAUUUUAAUAAUUGAUUAGUUGGAUUUACUAUGGCAGAAGGUUCCUUUUUAAUUAAAAAGAAUAAAGAUAUUUGUUUUCAAUUAAAACAAAAAUAUAAUUUAGAAUUAUUUAAUAAUAUAACUUUAUUUUUUAAUACAACUAGAAAGUUAAAUAUUAAUAAAAAUAAAUAUAUACAAUUUAAUGUUAGUUCUAAAAAUGAUAUUCAAAAUAUAAUUAAUUUUUUUUCAUUCUCUAAUAACCAACCUUUAUUAGGUAAUAAAUUAAUUUCAUAUAAUAAAUGAUUAUUUACUAUUAAAAAUAGUAUAAGAUAUAAGGAAUUAAAAACUCCUUAUAUAUCUUGACACCAAAAAGAGCAAUAA